GUUACGUAAGUUGGAUGACAAUGUUUUUUCGUGCGGCGUGAAUUUGCGCCUUGAUACUGUUUAUAGGGUACUGCCUGUGCGUCGGCUCCCGUCGUCCUGUGCGCUAAUUUGGUGGCGAGUUUCAAAUUCAGUCGAGGGCGUUCCAUGGAGGAAGACAGACGUGUUGAAGAUUUCUCAGCCGGAGCUGUUAUUCUUGGACGGAUCGACGGAAUCCCAGCACUAGAAUUUGACAAGAUGGAUACAACAGUUGAUGGAGAUCUGAGUGAGAGUGGGGGAGCAGCACUUCCAGUUAUUCACUACCAUGUUUACAACAUCAGCCAGGUGGAAAAUGUACAGAUUGGUACAAAUAAUGUUAUUGACAAAACUGGAUAUGACGACAGGGAUUUUGUGGAUGGAAAGGAAUCAAGGCUACUUGUGGAGAAGUUGGAAUACGAGCCACACCAUGUUGACCCGUGGGACAAUCGUAAAGACAAUCCAGGAGAUCUCAGUAAGACUGACAGUGGAAUAACAGCCCCUUCAGUUAUUCACAACCACUACUACAACAUCAGCCAGGUGGAAAAUGUACAGAUUGGUCACGACAACGUCAUGAAUACAUCCGCAUGCGAGGAUGAGGAUUUUGUGGAUGCACCACUACCGGUAGAAGUGUUAGCAGUUGGCUCGACUCUAGAAGCAUCGAUAGUUGUCUCAAACGUUCCACUUGGCCUUCCUCCUGAGAUGCAUCCAAAACUACAAGUAGAAGACACUGUCUAGCUCUCCUGGGGAAAUGGAGUACAUUGUGCGAUGUUACACGCUGAUCUGUCAUAUUUUGUGAUGAUGAUGAUGAUUGGUUUAUUUAUUUCAAAAUCGAGGAUACCUGGCAGCCAAAGGCUGAAUUGCGUAUCUUCUUACAGGGAUCACAAUAACAAUCAUUUAACAUUAUACA